AAUAAGAAGCCAGUUGUCAUUUCUUGUUUUAGGACUAGUGUAUUGUGAUUCGAAGGUAGAAUUUAUAUAAUUGUAAUUUCUCAUGUUACAAUUAAAAAGCAGUCGGAGUACAAGCCAUGUCGGUUCAAGUGGUUGAUUCAAGUGGUAAAGAUGAUCUAAAAACACAGUUUGUUACUCGCGAAGGAGAGUACAGGUUGAUGACAUUGUCGGAAUACUCACGACCAAAUCGUGUUGGAUAUCAAAAUAAUCAAAGUAAUCCACAAGUGAGAGUCUCUUUGGUAGCUUUACCUUCGCAUGUGGCAAAGCAAUCUCAAGGACCCGUAAAUAGUCCAGGUGGAAGCAUAGAUGGUCCAAUAGUUGGAUCUGCUAUAAAUGGUGUAGAAAAUACGCAAACUACAAUCGGUGGACCGUCUCCGAUUUCCUCUAUGCCUGUUGGUGGUGACAGAAUAUGUUUCAAUUAUGGAAAGGAGCUCUAUGUUUAUGCAUAUCGUGGAGUUAAAAAGGCUCCAGAUUUAAAUAAACCAAUAGACAAAAAACUUUACAAAGGUACGAAUCCGAGUUGUCACGAUUUUAAUGCAUCUACAGCAACACAUGAGGGAGCACCUCUUCUUGUAGGUUUCAGUACGGGCCAGAUUCAGUUAGUCUAUCCUGGUAGACGAGAACAAGGAAGACUGUACAAUGAAGAGAGGUUGAUUGAUAAGACAAAAGUUACCUGUUUAAAAUGGAUUCCUGGAUCAGAAAAUCAGUUUUUGGCAUCCCAUGCGAGCGGAUGCUUAUACAUGUAUAACGAAGAAUUAUCUUGUACCUCAGUUAGCCCUAUCUAUCAACCGUACAAAUGCGGUGAUGGCUAUAUAGUUCUGGCGUGUAAAUCCAAAUCUUCGCGGAAUCCUUUGUACAAAUGGUGUUUUGGACAACAAGAAAAUUCUAGCAUAAAUGAGUUUUGCUUUUCGCCUUGCGGUCUACAUUUAGCGAUUGUCUCGCAAGAUGGUUUUCUCAGAGUCUUCCACUACAGCAACAUGGAGUUGACAGGGAUUGCACGAUCCUAUUUUGGAGGAUUUCUAUGUGUUUGUUGGAGUCCGGAUAGUAAAUAUGUUGUCGUUGGAGGAGAAGAUGAUCUUGUUACCGUGUACUCAUUACACGAACAACGAGUUAUUGCCAGGGGCCAAGGCCAUCGCUCAUGGGUAUCAGUGGUAGCAUUUGAUCCAUUCACGACAUCUUAUUCAAAUUGGGAAACAGGAGCAUGUCGAGAAGACGAAAUUCCUAUAAAUGAUAGUUACAAUUGUUUUGAGCCAAGCAACCAAAGGAAUGUUGAAACUACCACAGCCACAGUACGGCGCCAUCCUCCUACGAUUCGGAACAGCACACCAACAUCGGAUAAAUUUGCCACUAGUUACAGAUUGGGGUCAGUUAGUCAGGAUACUCAACUUUGUUUAUGGGAUAUCACAGAAGAUGUGCUACGACAGUCUCUUGGGUGUUUAAGUCGCAAUCUUAGUUCAACAGAGCCCCAAUUUUUCAACACAAGAAGCGAAUUUUCUAAUAGUGCAAAUACUAGUGAUAGCGGAGUUCAAACGUCAUCCCAAAAGGAUGCUGAGAAAUCCGCAACUAAUUCAGUUAAUGCAAAUGAUACUAUGGAUAUUGCGAAUAGCAUUGUUAAAAAUCUUACUUCAACAAACAACAAUCUAAGUUCUACUAUAAAUUGUGAUGGUAGUAUUAAUAGAAACAACAAUAGCGAUAAAGAAUCAACUAAUCUGGUUGAUGCUAAACACACGAAAAAUAAUAUUGCUAAAUAUAGCCGCAGUAGUACCUUAACGGGAGCUAUUGCAUCAUCUAUAAAGAAGGAGAAAGACAGCAAAAGCGAUAAAAUACCCAAACUUGACAUUAAUCACCACCAACAUAACGUGAUUCUUAAUUCUAUCACGCAGCGAAUAUCCAAUUUUAGUUUCAGCAACAGUGGUAGUAACAGUAGCAAUAGUAGUGAUAAAAGUGACGCGAUUGAGAAAAUCGGCAAAAGAAACGUUUCGCUUACUAGUAAAUUGAAUAUCAGCAAUAAUUCGCAUAGCAGUUCAAACAGUAAUUAUUUCCUCACUAAUACUUGGAGCAACAUUAGUCAUACUAACAAUAAUGUCGUCCAGACUGCUUCAACAUCGUCAUCGAGUAGUGGUGGAGGGGGCGGGAGUGUCAUUUCCAAUACCAUCUCUUCAAUUAUGACAUCAUCCUUGACUAAAAACAAGCGGUCAGAUGGAACGGGGACGGGGAAUGGCAACAGUAUUGUUUCAUCUUAUGACCCCUUGAAGUUGAUUGGUACGCCUGCAUGUCCUCGAUUCGAUGACUGUCCAGUGUUAGAACCGUUGGUGUGUAAGAAGAUAGCUCACGAAAGACUCACAGCGUUAAUUUUUAGAGAAGAUUGUUUUCUUACCGCGUGCCAGGAUGGAUUCGUGUAUACUUGGGCCAGGCCAGGAUACAUCAAUCUACCACAGCAUUCUCCUUCAAGUCCAACGACGAGCACAGGUGGUACAAUACUAUAAGUCAGCGAUUGAUGCAAUUUUAACAUACGACUAUUUUUAAAUCCUAUUAAUUUUGUUACAGUUUUAAGUGUGUUAUCAUUUAAUAUGCCAGUAAGUUUGUAUAGUAUGAAUAUGUGAGUUAGGUUUUUACAUUAAAGUCGCACGCAUUUAUGUAAGCCAAACAAAAGUUCAAUAAAAAUACUUUGAAUGAA